AUGUCUGAAAAUUUGAAGAGAGCCGAGUCCUUGUUCAACAGGAUCAUGAAUCAGAACAAGCCGCAGGCGACAGACCUGGCGCCUAGAUCGCACCUGAAAAACCAUAGCUCGGCUCAUCCAGGUGCCAGUCUGAACAACGGCGGCGGCCAUAGCAGCAAUAGCAACAGCAGUAGUAACUACCAUCACCAUUCCAACGGCCAUCGUCACUCCUACCGGUCCUACAAUAAGUACAAUAACCAUAAUGGCAGUGGCAGCGGAAAUGGUAACGGCAACAGCAACGGCAAUGGCGCCGGGAAUGCCCACUUGAACGGCUCCUCCCAUGGGAACGGCAGUGCCGUUUCUGCGCCGCAACAAUCGUUUGACUUGCCUAAACGUGACCCAGUUGCCGAAUGCCAGGAGGCCGUCGCUGCUUUGGAGGGUGAGCAACACGUUUUGCCCUACUGCUGGACCAUCUGGUAUCAUUCGAGGUCCAGGAAAAACCAACCCGCCACUAGUGAAGAGAGCUCUGUCAAUGGCAGUAGCGUCUCUUUGCUCGAGGGAGGAAAAAAUCAAGCCGCGCUCGUCGACUCUUAUUUGCAAGCCGCCACCGAGAUCGAGUUUCCAUGUUUUGGCAACCCUUCGAAGGCUGUCAAGCCCAUUGCAUCUUUGGAGCAGAUGUGGUUGAGCAUGUCUGUGCUUAAGCGCUCGCACGACUUGAGCAACGGGAGCGAGCUUCUCAUCUUCAAAACGGGCGUGAACCCAGUGUGGGAAGACCCAGUGAAUGCCAAAGGUGGCCGCUGGGUGUUCCGGUUCAAUCACAGAAGCAAUACCCCAGCAUCUGCUGGUGCAGAGGCUUCUGCGGAUGCUCUGAAGGGCCGCCACAGAGCCACUUUGGUGUGGGAGAGACUCGUGCUCAAGACAUUAACCGGCUCGUUGCUUCCGUGCAGAAAAGAGUUGCAAGACCCCUUGUUGAGCGACAUUGCUGGGUUAGUGUUGAGUGUGCGCCGAGAUGAAGAGAUCAUCAGUGUUUGGAACUCCAACUCCAACUUCCCCAAGAAGAAACAAGACGACGACGACAAGAAGGGUGUGUUCACGGCCUUCCAUGCCAGAAGAGUGUAUUGCGAUGCCAUCUUGAGGGUGAUUCGUGAGGUGGACUUGAUCAUGCAAGGCUCAGACUCAGUCGAUACCCAGGCCACGCUGUCCAGUGAAAGAGUCAGCGGGGUGACCUUCGAAUACAGGCUCCACUCGGACAACUCGGGCUCAUACAAUACCAACGAUCGUUCCAGACGUGGAAAGUCCUACCAUCAUCAUCACCACCACAGAGAGGAUCAGAGGGCCGAGAAGACUGUCGAAAGAGAGGAGAUUUAA